AUGGCCCAACAAGGAAAGGUCGAGCCCCAGGAUCAGGAUUCCUUCCUGGAUGACCAGCCCGGAAUUCGCCCCAUCCCGUCGUUCGAUGACAUGCCGCUCCAUCAGAAUCUCUUGCGCGGUAUUUACUCGCAUGGUUUUGAGAAGCCGAGCAGCAUCCAGCAGCGUGCCAUCGUUCCCUUCACCCGCGGUGGUGACAUCAUUGCCCAGGCGCAGUCGGGAACGGGUAAAACUGGUGCAUUCUCCAUUGGUUUGUUACAGCGCCUUGACUUCCGCCACAACGUCCUUCAGGGCCUUGUGCUCUCCCCCACUAGGGAACUUGCAAUGCAGACGGCUGAGGUCAUCACACGCAUUGGUGAGUUCCUCGCUGAAGGCAGCUCAUCAUUUUGUGCAACCUUUGUCGGGGGCACUCGUGUGCAAGACGACUACCGUAAGCUGCAGAGUGGCACCAUCGUCGCUGUGGGAACACCCGGUCGUGUGGUGGAUGUGACGAAACGCGGUGCGAUGCGAACGGAGUCACUCCGUGUGCUUGUUCUUGACGAGGCCGAUGAGAUGCUCUCUCAGGGUUUUGCCGAACAGAUUUACGAUAUCUUUCGUUUCCUACCUAAGGAGAUUCAGGUAGCCCUGUUCUCUGCUACCAUGCCCGAUGACGUGCUCGAGCUCACAAAGAAGUUCAUGCGCGACCCCACUCGUAUUCUUGUAAAGCGGGAGAGCCUCACCCUUGAGGGUAUCAAGCAGUUCUUCAUCGCUGUGGAGGAGGAGCACAAGCUUGAUACUCUUAUGGAUUUGUACGAAACCGUGAGCAUUGCGCAGAGUGUGAUAUUCGCUAACACCCGCCGCAAGGUGGACUGGCUCGCCUCUCAGUUGAACAGCAGCAACCACACGGUCAGCUGCAUGCACUCCGAGAUGUCGAAGCAAGAGCGUGAAAAAGUCAUGGGUACCUUCCGCAACGGAAGCUCCCGCGUGUUAGUGACGACGGACCUUGUGGCCCGUGGUAUCGAUGUGCACCACGUGAACAUCGUCAUCAACUUCGACCUCCCCACGAACAAAGAAAACUACCUUCACCGUAUUGGUCGUGGUGGUCGGUACGGACGUAAGGGUGUGGCAAUCAACUUCGUCACUCAGAAGGAUGUGGAGGUCCUGCGGGAGAUUGAAUCGCAUUAUCACACGCAAAUUGAAGAGCUUCCAGUUGACUUUGCUGCCUACCUUGGUGAGUAA